CAAUGCAGAUCUUUAAAUUCAGCAAUUCUUUCUCAGGUUUCAGCAAGUCAUUGACAGCCUGAGCUAUUUUGGGGAUAUUUUCUCUCCUGCAGAUGCAGCUUAGGAAAACGCAGGGAGCAUGCUAAAGACCUGCAGCUAUUUGCCUUGUACAAUUUGCUCAUUUCUCUUUAUUUCUCCGUUUUCCUGCACUGAUCACUUAAAGGACAAUCUCCCUUGCAAACAAAAUCCCCGGAGCCUGAUUAGCGGGACUGAAGGCUCCCAGAAACGGAUUGCCUGCCAGCCACAGCACGGCGGAGCGGGCCCGGGAGGAGGCGGAGCAGGCGGCCGCACGUCCCCCGGCCGGCCGGCCGGCCCCCCCGCUAUGGGUCGGAAGCGCUGCGUGGGGGGAGACGGCUCCAAGAUGGCGGCGGGUUGCUGCGGGGUGAAGAAGCAGAAACUCUCCAGUUCCCCUCCCUCGGGCUCGGCCGGCCCGGGGGGCGGCGGCGGCAGCUCCCACUGCGGCGGGGCGGCGGCAGCGGGCGGCGAGCCGGGGGCGCUACCCCCGCCGGGGAUCGCCCGCCUCAACGGCCUGGGGGGGCUGGCGGGGGGCGCCGCCGGUUGCGUCCUGUCCCCGCCGCUGCCGCCCAGCUGCGGCGGGGGCCCUGGCGGCCUCUCCCCCCCGGCCGCCUCGCUGCUCGCCUCCCCCGGGGCCGGCUCCAGCGGGCCCGGCUGCAGGAAGAUGGUGGUGUCGGCCGAGAUGUGCUGCUUCUGCUUCGAUGUGCUCUACUGUCACCUGUACGGCUACCAGCCCCCGCGGAGCCCCCGCUUCACCAACGACCCCUACCCGCUAUUUGUAACGUGGAAGAUUGGUCGAGAUAAACGAUUGCGUGGAUGCAUAGGUACUUUUUCAGCCAUGAACCUGCAUUCAGGACUCAGGGAGUACACACUUACUAGUGCCCUUAAAGAUAGCCGUUUCCCCCCAAUGACGAGGGAUGAGCUGCCACGGCUUUUCUGCUCAGUGUCUCUACUCACUAAUUUUGAAGAUGUAUGUGAUUACUUGGACUGGGAGGGAACUGCAGUUAUGCAAUGUCAGUGGCAAAAAGACAUUUCAAGAUGGCUAGAAUAUGACCUAAAGAGAGAUUCUGGGUCUUCCAUCUGGUAUAACUGCUCAUUUCCAGAUCAUCCUGAAAAAUCAUCAGCCUGGUUAGGAGACCUUACUUCUGUGGGUGUACAUGGCAUUAGAAUAGAAUUCAUCAAUGAAAAAGGAUCAAAACGCACCGCCACCUACUUACCGGAGGUUGCAAAGGAGCAAGGAUGGGACCACAUUCAGACCAUAGAUUCCUUAUUGAGGAAAGGAGGCUACAAAGCUCCAAUUACUAAUGAGUUCAGGAAAACCAUAAAACUGACCAGGUACCGUAGUGAGAAGAUGACCAUGAGCUACACAGAGUACCUUGCCCAUCGACAGCAUCAUCACUUCCAAAAUGGCAUUGGGCACCCCCUUCCACCAUACAACCAUUAUUCCUGACACUGAGCCACAUGACCAGUCACUGGACCUCUCUGCAGACCUCUUCCCAGGAGACCCCGCCCCUUCCUGGUCUAGCUAUCUCUAUUACUGUACCAUUUUAUGAUGAUAGUUUCCGUUGCCAUGUUGACGCUUCUCCUUGGUUGGAGAAGUUCAUCGUGGCAACGGGUGAGAAAACUGCAUUAUUACGAAGUUCCCAUAAUUCUUUUUUAUUGAGUCACUGCGGGGUUUUUUUGCAGCAUAUAUAACCCUUGUGUUUUUUAUAAAAUUUGAAAUUUAUACUACAUUAACAUUGAAUAAUAUCAAUCAAGGUUUUCUGUGACUGUGGAUGGAAGGAAGACUUUAAUGUUUAAGGGUUACAAUUAGGGAUAUCCUUUUUUAGAGUAAGACAUUUGUUGCUGUUGCAUUAAUAGUUGUAACAGGGAAUGAAACAUAUCAGAGAUUCAGGUAUUAAGUAUACAUUCCCACCACUGUAGUAAAAGCUCUUUACUUCAUGUAGUUAAAUACAUGAGCUUCAGAUCCAGUACUUACAGACAGAAUUUGAAGGGCAAUAUUUCAGAUGAAGAGAAGCUGUUGUACCUAGCAUAAGAGGCACUGAUGAUAGGAAGUAUUUCAGGAUCGGUUGGUCUAAUUGAUUACAGACUUAAAGUGCCUGAUCCAGCAGGGUACUAAGUGCCCUCAACUCAUAUUCCAUUAUGUGGGAAUUGAGGGUAUUCUGCCCUUCUCAGGAUCAGACACCAAAACAGUGUUUGUAAUGCAAAGAAGAGACGUCGUUCUGAUGUUCUCAAAUUAGGAGUCACUUUUGUUUUAAUAAUGGUUGGUGAAGAGGCAAUGUUAUAUUAGGAAGAAAUGGAUUUAGAUUUUUGUGCCUUUUGUGUAGGACAUAAAUACAGUUACAUAAAAAUCAUAGGAAGAAUAUUAAAAGCACCAGAUAGCUUAGCAAACCACGCUCAAUUCUCUACUGAUCUAGUGUCAAUUAUGUUUUAAACUGGGGUUCUUUUGAGCAAGCACAUUGUGAAAGAAUUUCUCUUCUCUCCUCAUCAUAUUCUUUCUUUUUAGUUGUGGGUUUCCUAAGUUGUAUUAGGUCAUGAUUAGCCAGAUAACAAUUAACUGUUGUUUUAAAAAACAGUGUGGGUGUUGGAGAAAGAGCACAGGACAAAUAUGCCAUGAUUUCAGAUGGCUUCAUCUCUUACAGGAGCAGUCCUGGAGAGUUGUAAGUACUGUGAAAUAGUUCUGGUAACAUUUCUGCACUAAGAAGAGGUAGAAAUUCAUUUAGUGUAUUGAUCAGAAUUUUUUGUUGUUGUUACAGCUGUAGUAACGGAGAUGGGAUUUAUAAAAGGUAUGUGUGGUAGAGUAGCAAGACCUGAACAUUUUGUAAUAUGUAAUAUGAGGCAGGUUUUGCUGGUUAGUUUUAAGAUAGAAGGUCUUUGGGAUUCCUUCAUCCACAGCAUCUGAUGUCCAAACACUUUCAGUUGUGAUGCCUUAAUUUAUAAGCAAACAAAAGGGCCUGAAAAUUCAGUAGCCAAGAGAGAUGCGAAGUGGACACUGCAAAAAUCAAUAGAUGUUUAUAUAGAGGAUAUUUUGGAGGAUUCUAUUGUCUUGUUUCUACUUGGGGAACAUUUUAAAGUGGAUUAGCUUUUAAGUGGAAACUGUAAACAAGUGGCUACUUGAUUGAAAGGUUUUUUUCUUGCCCUUAUAGGGAAACUGAGCACAAGCUGAAUAAUAUUGUCUGCUGCAAAAAAAAAAAAAAAGGUCAUUUACCCCAUCUUUACCCAUCAUCUCGUUACAGCAUGCUCAUGCUUCUGUAUGAGCUCAUUGUUAGAAGUUUUUUAAAAAAAGAUUAUAUAUAAAAAUAUAUAUGUAUUUAAAGGUGCUAAUCAACCUUGAGCAGGUCACGUGACUGGUCAUGCGGACUCUAAAAUCAUAUCAGAUUUUUUAAAAAUCCUCAAUAUAUGCAGAUGUUAUACAGAAUUUCUUACCAGUGUAAUAAUGAUAUACUGAUGAAAUAAACAAUCCUGCAGGUUUUGAAGGACAAGGUCAGCAAUACUUCCCAUCAUGGCUUGGGGGGAAAAAAAAGGAUAGUUUUGUCUCCUUUUUGUACACAGCAUAAUGCACAAUGAAUUUUUGUCUAUCUUUCAGUAGCUGUUGCUUAAAAAGAAUAGUUCUAAGAGUGUUAUACAAAUUGUAAAGGUGUGCUUUAAAAUCAAUUAAUGCCCAGGCCCUUCUGGACCAGUGUCUUGUGUCAUUCAUUAAAAAACUGUUACAGAUAUAUGGGUCAGUCAGUCAGUUUUAUAGGAGAUAUGUAGAAAUACACUGGUUUUUCAUGCUUAGAAUAAUCAAAUCUAUCUACUAUGUUUCUGGGGCACCUAUCUCCUCGAUGUGUAAGUGCUGAGAAUGCUGUUUAUUAUGUUUUUUAUAUACUUAUGGGUAUAUUUGAAUAAACUUGCAUGUAUUUCACUCAGACAUGCCCUGGGACAGAAUAGGUCUGUUUUUCUAAACCUGAUCAAGAAUAGCGUGUGAAAUCAGUUUCAUGAAUGUUCUUAUUUAACUACACUAAUAGCCUUUUAGAUAUAGCUCAGUGGAAAUAUUUUUAUGUUGGGUAUUUUCACUGUUUUUUUUUAAGUUAACAUUUUAGCUUCCGAGAAACACUAAUCAGUUUGCUUUAUUCCAUUUUAAAAGACUUUAAUUGUCACUUUAAAGUCUCUUCCUCAGAUCCAUGUGCUAUUAUCUGAGUUAGACAGCAAGCCCCUCUAAGUGUUGCUCCGUCAUGCUUCAAGUGGCCUUCCUUCUGGCCCAGAUUGUGCUAUCGCACUGACUUCCCCCACAGUGCUAGACACAGUAGUUGGAGGGCACAGUAGUGAGUUUGGACCUGGUGUAUGAAGUUCAUCAGGGCAAUUGAUGUGGCACACCCUGACAUUUGUAUAUGGACCUCUUUACUUGUCUUCAAAUGUGCGGGUUUUUCAAACUCUUGCCUGGAGUAGGUUACAUCUCUUGUGUGUGUUAGAUCGAACCAAAGAAGCCUCCAGCCAUGCACACAUGCUGCUCCUAAAGCCUGCCUUCCAGUCCUUACAAAAUCCCUGCAGGGUUAAAGGGUAACUUUUUUAUUUUUGUACAGUUUCUAACUGAUUUUUGCUAGUGAUGUUAAUGGAAUUAAGUUUAUUUGAGGAGUCUGAGUACCUCCUUCAUUUAAAUAAACUGGUGACUUUCCUUUUAUGUUAAAAAUAAAUAUAGAAACCCAAAGUGUGCCUCUCAGAUUUAAGGGUUUCUGGUUACAUUUUUUCUUAUGACCAGCAAUGAUUCUUUAUAUACAAAGAUAUGUUCUCCUUGUUUUUUAUUACUGUUAAAGAAAAAAAUAAAAACCUCUUUCUUUGCUCUGGAUCCAGUAACUGCGCUGGUACAUAAACGCACUGAGAAGACAAACUUUUGUUUGAAACUUUUGUAACAACUUAUGACUGUUUUUGUAUAUCAAAGUUGAUUCUUUUCAAAAUAUUUGGAUCUAGUUUCUAAGUUAUUUUAGUGUUUUAUAUGUUAUGAAAAAAAUUACUUUGAAUUGUUCACCAGCAUAAUGAGUUAUCUUGAAUGCAAUGGUGACACAUUACGGGCUUUGAGCUACCUGGAGUAGCUUACAGGGCCCCUAUUUUUCCUUCCUUAUUAGUAACUUGAUUAUUGAUUACAAUAAUAUCACAGAUUACCUGAACCCCCUUCCAUUAUAACUAGAUCCUCCCUUCCAACAUUUAAUUGCUAUUAGUGUGAAGAAACUGUUGAAAUGGGCAUUUUAAUAUGAGUAUGGCUUAAAAAAGGUAAAAAUGAGGAAAAAAACAAAAAAAAUAUAGAAGGUUAUCUGUGGGUCUGUGAGAUAUGGCUGUGGAAAGAUAUUGUAGUAGUUUUAACACUAUUGUUCUUACCUUUUAAAUCAUUUACCCAAUAAAAUAAGGAAAAAGAA